AUGUCACCAGAGCUCCUUUACCUCUGCAAGCCGGCGGCUCCCGCCCAGAGCGGCUCCAUGUUCAACGGUACCAGAACUGUCAGACAGUACAACGUAUCCCAGUCAGGGUGUGAUGCUUCAGGUUCACAGGCCGUCAAGAAUACCUUUGAUGACGGCUCUCUCCAGCAUCAACGACUAGCCAUGUUUGAGUCAAGACACCGCUUGGAUGAUGGCGCCCUCUACGUUCGCUUCCAGGACAGCACCCUUCCCACCACCGCCAACAGUGACGAGGUAGCACGCAUUGCAUUCCAUCAGAAUCGCGCUGCUGAAGCCAUCCAUCAGUUUGACAACACAUUUGAUUCCAACAAGUAA